AUGGAUCUUGCAGAUGUGAGCUGGUUAACGAAGGAACACUUGGAUACGGUUAUAGAUUGGAUCCCAUCGAUGAGGAAUCUAAAAUUAAAAGACAUUCCUAGCUUCAUCCGUACCACUAAUCCCAACGACAUAAUGCUCAAUUUCAUUGUCCACGAGACUAGUCGAGCCAAACGCGCCUCUGCUAUCAUUCUCAACACGUUUGAUGACCUCGAACAUGACAUCUUCCAGUCUAUGCAAUCCAUUUUACCACCGGUUUAUUCCAUUGGACCACUUCAUCUCUUAACGAACCGGGAGAUUGAAGAAGGUAGCGAAACUGGAAGGAUGGGAUCAAAUCUGUGGAGAGAGGAGAUAGAGUGUUUGGAUUGGCUCAAUACAGAAUCUCGAAACAGCGUCGUUUACGUUAACUUCGGGAGCAUAACGACAAUGACUGUGAAACAGCUUGUGGAGUUUGCUUGGGGUUUGGCCGCAACAAAGAAAGAGUUUUUAUGGGUUAUUCGGCCCGAUUUAGUAGCUGGAAAAGAGGCGAUGGUUCCACCGGACUUUUUAGCCGAGACGGCAAACCGAAGUAUGCUCGGGAAUUGGUGUCCUCAAGAGAAAGUUCUUUCUCAUCCAGCGGUCGGAGGGUUCUUAACGCACAGUGGAUGGAACUCGACGCUUGAGAGUCUCUCUGGUGGAGUUCCGAUGGUGUGUUGGCCGUUCUUUGCAGAACAACAAACGAAUUGUAAGUUCACUUGUGAUGAAUGGGAGGUUGGGAUGGAGAUCGGCGGAGAUGUGAAAAGGGAGGAGGUUGAGGCGGUGGUUAGAGAGCUUAUGGACGGAGAGAAAGGAAAGAAAAUGAGAGAGAAGGCGGAAGAGUGGCAACGCUUGGCGGAGAAAGUGACGGAGUAUCCGUGUGGUUCGUCGUUUGUGAAUUUUGAGACGUGGAUGUAA